UAUGUAUAAAUUUUCAAGUCUAAGAAAACCUUCUGUCUAUUUUAUAUUAGGAGGUACUAAUCAAAUUAUAUAAAAGGACCUGGCUCAGGUAAAGGUACUUAAUGUGAAUUGUUAAGUAAAAAUUUAAAAUUUGUACAUCUUUCUGCUGGACAAUUACUGAGAGAUGCUGUAAUUAUUCGAAAUUAUAAUUUUAGAUUACAAGUAAUUCUAAGCACAAGAUUACUAUUGAAAAUUGCAUAAAUAAUGGAGUUAUUGUUCCUGUAAUUUAUCCUAAUUGAUGUUUUUUAGAGUCAUGUAACAAUCAAUUUAUUGGAUAAAGCAAUUUUUGAUAAUUUAAGUUUCGAUACAUUUCUAAUAGAUGGAUUCCCAAGAAAUUAUGAAAAUAUGUAAAGUUGGAUAGAUUUGAUGGAUCAUAAAAUUAAUUUUAAGAGUGUUAUUUAUAUUCAUUGUUCAAGAGUAUUACAAUUUGUUGUAUAUAAUUCAGCAAAAUAUGAUCUUAAGAAUAUAGGAAAGAUCAAAAACAAGUGGAAGAUCAGAUGAU